GAACAUGUGAUGAACCAAUCAUAAUUCACAAGGAACUUUCCCCCGCUGGGCCUGCACAACACGUGCAGAAAGCGCGUGGUUAAAGCAGUUUCCGAUUCGGGACAGCGACAGAUAUGGUUGCCGGUCACAUGUGGGACACCGUUGAGUUUGUUGCCGUGGGCGAGGGAGACAGCGCGGGAACAAGCUCAGCCGACGGCAUUAACGGCUAUGGACCAGAGCGUACGGCUGAGAUGCGUUUUGGUAGGAUGGGAAGAGUGAAUCCAGGAGCGUUGGAUUGCGCGAUGGGGACAGCGGACAGCUCCAUGUGGACGGUGUCCCACGUGGAUGCCAUUGGUUGGAAGGAACAUUCCCAUGUGGACUGCGUCUGGUGGGUCCCUAAAUUGAUUGGGUAUAAUCAGUUUACACGACUUUACAAUCAGUUAUAUACAUGGGAAUAAAUUUUUUAUAUUAUUUUUAUUUAAUAUUUAAUUUUUUAUAUAUUAUUAAAUAAUAAAUAUAUUUGAUAUUA